AUGUUUAGAAAUUUAAUCAAAUCAUCAAAAUUAAUAGUUAAUACAACUAAGACACAACCAAUAAUUAAUAAAUCUGCAGCAACAACUGCUUUAUCAGCUAAAUAUAAUACAAUUGCACCAAUGAAUAAUAAUAAUCAUGAAGAAGAAAUACGAAAUGAUUCACAUACUCAAUUCAAUCAAAAAUAUAUGAAUUAUUUACAUCCUGAUUUAGUUCAUCCAAAUUGUGCUGAGUUUGCUGAUUUAUUUUAA